AUGCCAUGUUUGAAGAAGCUUGGCAAACAGGUUUUUCCCGUUGACCCAGCAAACGUCAGCGGCGCUAAGAAUGCAGCGACUUGGACGAAAGUGGACAAGGAACGUUCUUCGCUGAACGAGUACCUCACGAUAUCCAUACCGGGUCCUCUGGCUUCGAAGAAAGUCAUACAACUUUCUGACGCGGCUACAAAGACCGCCACAGCAUCUCUAGUGGACAGGCGCCUAAGGGCAAACAGACCGAUAAUCUGGGGGUUAUUCUCAGGAAAAUUCAUGCCAGCGAAGCUGGCAAAAUCUAUCCUUAGCAAUGUCCUCACUAAGACUGAUAAAUCGCUCCAAGCAGAAUGGCUACGCCAGAAGGGAAUUGAUGGAAUUUCCACGGCAGAAAUGAGUCACACCCAAUUGGAGGAGCAUAUUAUACGUCUGAGAGAGGAAUUAGACAGAGAAAGAGAGGAACGAAACUUCUUUCAUCUCGAAAAGGAUAAGAUAAACACAUUUUGGGAGAUCACGAAAUCCCAGCUGGAAGACGUUCGUUCGGAGCUGCGGACGAAAGAAAGGGAGAUGGAAGAGGCUGAGGAACGGCACCACUUAGAACUCAAAGUUUACAAACAAAAAGUGAAGCAUUUGCUAUACGAACACCAAAACAGAGAAACUGAGUUAAAGUCCGAAUCAGCAACUGUGGCAAAAAUUCUGCAAGCUGAAAACGCGGAAGUGGAGGAAUUCUUAAGAAAAGACCAGCGUAAUUUAAAGUGCCAGAUGAGCGAAAACAUAUGUCACAACGCAGAACACGUCAAAGAGCUCAAGAAGGAUUAUGAGAAACAGAUUCGUCAAGAUUUUGAGACAAAACUCAAUGAGCAACAGAAAUGUCACCAAGAAAGGAUAAAGAUCAUGGUGGAUGACCUCAAUUUGCAAAGGAAAAAUGAACUUCAUGACAUUGAAGAACGGAAAAACAACCAUAUCAACAGAAUAAUGCAGGACCAUGAUAAAGCCUUCAGUGACAUGAAAAACUAUUAUAACGAUAUAACUGUAAACAACAUGGCACUCAUAAGCAGCUUGAAGGAACAACUCGCCGAACAGAAAAAGAAUCAAGAGCGUCUAGAACGUCAGAUAUCCGAACUGCAGGCAGAAAAUCGCCGUCUAGUUGAACCACUCAAGAAAGCUUGCGAGGAAAACGAGGAUCUUAAGCGCCGAAUGACGAACUAUGAAAAGGAUAAAGCUUUGUUCAAGAUGGAAAAGGAACGAGAUGAGCUUUACGAACGGUUCGUUGCCGCGAUUCAAGAAGUGCAACAAAAGACUGGACUGAAAAAUCUGUUGUUGGAGAAACGUCUGCAAGCCCUCACCGACGUGGUUGAAAAGAAGGAAGUUCAGCUGAAUGAAGUCCUUGCGGCAAGUAAUUUGGAUCCGGCAGCAGUGACCGCAGUUUCACACAAAUUAAAUGCCCACAACGACUUACUGGCGACUUGUGAGGGUAAACUGCGACAGUUUGGUAUCCCUCCAGAAGAACUUGGCUUCCAACCGCUCAAGACUUCAGCACCCAAACAGACUUUGGGUCAGGGCCCGGCAGGACUGGUCUCCGUACCUCCUUGAAGCAAGAACGUUGAGUAGGGACCAGCGGACAACACCACCACCGUUGAUUGGAUUCUGAGCCACAAAGAGCGCAUCAUAUCAUUUUAUACAGAACAUCUUCGUGAACCAGAUUAUUAAUACUUCGUCCUUGCCAAACUAUAUCUCACGCAUACUUUACUCCGAGGAUCAUGUAUUAUUCAAUGCAUAGCUGUCUUGAAUUUCGUUGCACACCACGACCUCUCCUGAUAUUUUAACCAAAAAUAUAAGACAAGGA